AUGUAUAAAUUAAUAAUUUUGACAAUUUGUCAAUUGAUAGUGGCAGCCAGUGCUAAGACUGUAGAGUAUCAUUGGACUACAGGUUGGGGUUAUGCAAAUGUUGACGGUGUAGCAACUAGACCCGUUAUUACUUGUAAUGGGGAAUUCCCUUGGCCAGAUAUUCGUGUCACUAAAGGUGAUAACGUGUUAAUUUAUUUGACUAAUGGCUUUAAUGAUACAACUACCACUACCACUUUGCACAUGCACGGUUUAUUUCAAAAGGGGACCACUCAAAUGGACGGGCCUCCGAUGGUUAACGCAUGUCCUAUUCAACAAGGUGACACUCUAUUGUAUAAUUUUACAGUGGAUUCAAAUGUCGGAAUGUAUUGGUACCAUUCUCAUACCGAAGGACAGUAUGAAGAUGGGUUUAGAGCUUUGUUCAUCGUUGAUGAUGGACCAGAUAAUGAAAACUUCCCAUAUGAGUACGAUGAAGAAGUUAUCUUAUCCAUUGGUGAAUGGUAUGGUGAAACCGUGGACGUAUUAAGAUCCAAAUUUUUAUCUCUGUAUAAUCCAACAGGUGCAGAACCAAUCCCACAAAAUUUAAUUUUGAAUAAUACGAGAAAUUUGACUUGGGAAGUUCAACCGGAUACUACUUAUUUAUUACGUGUAGGUAAUUUUGGUGGGUUUGUUUCACAAUAUUUUUGGAUCGAAGAUCAUGAAAUGACUGUGGUUGAAGUUGAUGGUGUCUAUACCGAACAAAAUACUACAGAUAAAUUAUAUAUUACAGUGGGUCAAAGAUAUUCUGUAUUGAUUCAUACUAAGAAUGAAACAGAUAAAAAUUAUGCAAUUAUGCAGAAAUUUGAUGAUACAAUGUUAGACACUAUCCCAGGUGAUUUACAAUUAAAUUCAACUUCAUAUUUCACUUACAAUUCUUCAGCUUCGGUUCCAGAACAGGAUAUCGUUGAUGAUUUGGAAUAUUUAGAUGAUUUUUAUUUGAUUCCUUAUAAUAAGAUGCCUCUAUUGGAUGAUCCUGACUAUGUGAUUACUUUGGAUGUCGCUAUGGAUAAUUUACUUGAUGGUAAAAAUUAUGCUUUUUUCAAUAAUAUUACUUAUACAACACCAAAGGUACCAACAUUAAUGACAGUAUUAAGUUCAGGUGAAAAUGCAACAGAUUCAACAAUUUAUGGUUCAAACACAAACACUUUUGUGCUUCAAAAAGAUGAAAUUAUUGAAAUCGUAUUGAAUAAUAAAGAUACGGGGGUACAUCCUUUCCAUUUACAUGGCCAUGUAUUUCAAACAAUUAUUAGAGAUCAAACGUAUGAUGCAGACUUAGGAGAAGACCCAGUAUCAUAUGAUCCUGAUAAUCAUGCUGCUUUCCCAGAGUAUCCAAUGCAACGUGAUACUAUCUUUUUAAGGCCUCAAUCAAAUUUCGUCAUUAGAUUUAAAGCAGAUAAUCCAGGGGUGUGGUUUUUCCAUUGUCAUAUCGAAUGGCAUCUGUUGCAAGGGUUGGCUAUCGUUCUUGUAGAAGAUCCAUUAUCCAUUCAAGCGAACUCGUCACAGGCAUUGACUGCAAAUAUGUUAGAUAUGUGCUCAAAUUCAAAUAUUAGUUCGAAAGGGAACGCAGCAGGUAAUUUUGAAGACUUUUAUGAUUUAACUGGUGAAAAUAUUCAAGAAAAGAGUAUCCCCGGUGGAUUCACAAAGAAAGGGAUCAUUGCUAUGGUAUUUAGUUGUAUUGCAGGUAUCCUGGGAUUAGUCACUAUUGCUAUAUAUGGUAUGAUGGAAAUGUCUACGGAGGAAGAAAUGGCAGAGGUUAAAGAAUUGAUCUCAGAGGAUCAAUUGGCAGAGGUCGAAGAUUAUGACGACAAUGAAGAGGUGGAUAAUUCUAAAGAAGAUGUAAUUAUUCAAGAGACUUCGAGGGAUUGA